CUCACGCCAGAUAUUAUAUUAUUACCUUUUUACCCUUUUCCCUUUUUAAGUACACAACUCAACAAAACGCGUCGCCGUCUCUAAUGGCGUCACCAUUUUCACUCCCUUAAGCCUUAAACUCACUGCAACUGAAGUGUAUUCCCCCAAAUCAAAUCCUUCUGAAGGUUCUCCAUCGGAAACUGCCUUCAAUGCACGCCAAGACCGACUCCGAGGUCACCAGUCUGGCGCCGUCUUCUCCAUCCUUGAAGCCUGGAUCCCGGAAGAUCUCUCCCAAUGACGUCUCUCGCGGCGCUGGGAAUCGGAAGGGCCAGAAGCCAUGGAAGGAGUGCGAUGUCAUCGAAGAGGAAGGUCUUCUCGAAGACGAAGAUCGUGCCAACUCUCUCCCUCGUCGCUGCUAUGUUCUCGCUUUCAUUUUAGGGUUUUUUGUUCUCUUCUCUAUGUUCGCGUUGAUUCUCUGGGGCGCAAGCAAGCCGAUGAAGCCUAAAAUCACAAUGAAGAGCAUUACGUUCGAGCAAUUCAAAAUCCAAGCCGGUUCCGAUUUCACCGGCGUCGCCACUGACAUGGCCUCUGUAAAUUCCACUGUGAAACUCACAUUUCGGAACACCGGAUCGUUCUUCGGCGUCCAUGUCACAUCAACUCCCGUCGAUUUAACAUACUCUGAAAUUUCAGUUGCUUCAGGAAGCGUAAAGAAAUUCUACCAAUCACGGAAGAGUCAGAGAUCUCUCACUAUCAAUGUAAUCGGCACCAGAAUCCCUCUGUACGGGAGCGGCGCAAGUCUGAGCAGCUCCACCGGAACGCCGGCGACUCCAGUUCCUCUGAAACUGAGUUUCGUGGUGAGAUCCAGAGCCUACGUGCUGGGCCAAUUAGUGAAGCCGAAAUUCUACAGACACAUCGACUGCCCCAUAAUUUUCGAUCCCAAGAAACUCAACGUCCCGAUGUCGCUCAAGAAUUGCACAGUCGUUUGAAAACGAAACGUGGCAGAGAAUCGAGAAUCUCUUCAACAUUUAUUAAAAUCAGUACUUGUUUUUUUGUUCUUGAGGUCUAGGAAUGGCGGACUGCGACAGGCUUGAAAGAGGCAGCAGCGUAACGGGGGCGACGCCGAACGGAGGGGGAGAGGAGGACCCAGCCACAGAAACGGGGUUUCGGCUGGCUGCCCGCCUGCCCGAGUCGUGCAAUACAGGUUGGUUUCCGGGCAGCCACACGUGAACGGACGUGGGCUAUUUAAUAUUUAUUUAUUUCGGUUUAAAAUUAUCUCAUUCUUUUAAUUACGGUGUGAGUGAUGAUAAUAUUAUAUAUAUGGAAUUAAUUGUACUAUUAUUAAGCAAUAAUAGGGGUACGUAUAUCUUUCAGAGUCUGAUUUUGCCCAUAAUUAACGGUGGCUGAUUGGUAAAAUAAUUGUGCC